CUUUUGUGUAUCACCUUCUAUGGUUGAUGUAAAUAAAUUCGAAGUCUUUACGAAUCUGCUGUCGAUCAAAGAGUCCCAUAAGGAGUGUGGGAGCCCAAGUUCUGGUUCUUGAGUUGUUCUCUUCUGCUGGAUGAGAAUGUUUUUCAACCGGCUGAGGAGUAUUCCCUGCCUGGGCGGCGGCAGGAGGAGCAGGAGGAGCAGCAGCAGCUGCUGCGACGAGAUCCUGCCCAGGGAGCCGGUGGUGCUCAACGUCUACGACCUCGUCGAUACGAACCACUACACCAUGGCGCUGGGCGUGGGCUUCUUCCACUCGGGCGUCCAGCUCUAUGGCCGCGAGUACGGCUUUGGGGGCCACGAGUUCCCCAUGUCGGGCAUCUUCGAGAUCCAGCCCUGCAACGGGCAGGCCGAGCUGGGCGAGCACUUCCGGUUCCGGGAGAGCAUCCUGCUGGGCUACACACACUUCAGCAGCGCGGACGUGCAGCGGAUCGUCGACCAGCUGGGCCUCCAGUUCACCGGGAACAGCUACCACCUGACCAGCAAGAACUGCAACCACUUCUCCAACAGCCUGGUCCACAUCGUCUGCGGCCGGAAGAUCCCCGGCUGGGUGAACCGCCUGGCCUACCUGGUCACUUGCGUGCCCUUCCUUGAGCGCUGCAUGAUCUCCAGCCCGUCGCAGCACCAGUACCGCCAAUCCUCCCCUCAGCAUUGAGUUAUCCGGUU